GCAUCUGUGAGGACUGCCAGGGCGCACUCUAGCGGAGAAGAGCACCCCUAUCAAGCCAAUGCAUUUCCAAAUGGCGCGGUUGUGACCAACACACAAAGGAAAUGGACCUUGAUAUUGGAAGACGUACAUUAUAUGUGUGCUUGCUUACAAUACUGAGCCUAGCGCAAUGUAGCGCCAAAGUGGAACCCGCGACUCCGCAAAACAAGGAGUGCCCGCCUGGCUGCACGGACCAUGGAAACUGCAACGGCGAGUCGGGCGAGUGCGAGUGCCAGUUCGGCUUCGGCGGGCCCGACUGCUCUCAGCGGCUGCUGCCGGCGUGCCACCUGGCACCGGAGGUGAAGGGCUCCAUUCCGGCCUUUGGGCACUGGAUGCCUAAGAACUGCCUCUGCCACGCUCAGCUGCGCAAGUACGGGUGUCCGCGGCCCCACUUUGAGGACCCCUACAACUGCCCCUUCUACCAGUUCUGGGCCUGGAACGAAAUCCCCUGCUUCCUCAUAAAGGACGUGCCGGAUGAUCAGCAGUACACGUUGUCGCCGGACGGACCCACGGACCCGAGGGUGGUGUGGAAGAAGGGCCACUACAACCAUACCAGCGCCCGGUCCGGGAUAGACCCGUACCAGCUGGUUGACGCGCCGCCGCCCAGCCCCUACACGCUACCAGACCAGUCCACUUGGCUGCCGCUGGACAAGUGCGGCGACAGCAAGUGCUCGGGGCGGGGGUGGUGCGCGCUGGCGCCGCGGAUAGACGGCCACCCGCCGCCGCAGCCCCAGUGCCGCUGCCUGGGUUUCUACGGCGGCGACGCCUGCGAGACGCCCCAGGCGGAGCACUGCUUCCAGGGCUGCAGCGGCCGCGGCACCUGCCACGGCGGCUUCUGCCACUGCAAGCCGAGUUACUGGGGGCUGGCGUGUGCGCGCAGCCAGGCCUACGUGUCGGACACCUGGCUACCCCACCCCUCCAAGCUGCGUGUGUACGUGUACUCCAUACCCGAGCAGCUGGCUUUCAAGAAGCCCUGGCAUGACAUCCCGGCGCUGGUUGACACCAUGUACCUUGCCGAGGUGUCGUUCGUGGACUCGCUGCUGGGCGACGGCGCCGUGCUGACCCAGAACCCCUGGGAGGCCAACCUGUUCCUCAUCAACGCCUACACCUUCUACUUCACCGGCAACAUCGGCUACCCCGCCCGCCACUUCAGCUCCGUGUUCAACUACGUGCGCACCAAGUACCCGUUCUGGAACCUGACCGCCGGCCGCAACCACAUCGCGUUGGCCACCAACGACCGCGGCACCUGCGACCUUUACAAGCUGCAGCGCACGCAGCCAGAGCUGUCGCACCCCAUCAAGCUGGUGCACUACGGCCAGGCGGGGCGACUGAGCAUCCACUCCCACCGCACCUUCACCAUCAAGGGGCAACCGCACGAGUACGACCCGGCCUUCGACGCCGCCGUGCGCGAGUGGCGGCGCCUGGCCCUGCGCACGCAGCGCCUGCACGGCGGCAGCAGCAGCGCCGGACCCGUGGACGAAGAGGUCGCGACGGAGGCGGACGGCGGCCCCGGAGGGGGGGCAGGCGGAGGCGGAGGGGCCGGGGGAGGAGGAGGAGGAGGAGGCGGGGAGGGCGGCCGGGCUGUGAACCCGCUCGAGCUGCUAGGGGAGCGGGUGCGGUUCAAGGGCGUGCCGGGUUACUCGCUGGACGCAAUCCGCAUGGAGCGGGAGCCGUGCUUCAGGCCCGAGCAGGACGUGGCCAUCCCCAACUACCUAGACACGCCCUGGCUCCACCAGAUGGACAUGGCGUUUGAGAGCCUGGGCGGCGGCAGGUACAAGCCCAAGCCAGUGGACCGGCCCUACCUGUUCCACUUCCACGGCUUCAGCAAGCCUGACAUGGCUUACAGCGGCGGUGUGCGCCAGGGCUUGUUGGCCAUGUUCAAAAACAUGUCGCGGCCAGAUGUGCUCAUCAACAAGGGCGCCGGCCCCUCCUUCACCGCCAAGUCCAAGUUCUGUUUGGCGCCGCUGGGGUACGGCUGGGGCAUUCGCUUCACACAGGCCAUGUUCACGGGCUGCGUGCCGGUGCUGAUCCAAGACCACAUCUACACGUACUUCUGGGACGUGGUGCCGUACGAGAAGUUCUCCAUCCGCGUCAGCCGCCACAACCUGCACCGCCUGUUCGACAUCAUCGAGGCGGUCACGCCGGAGCAGCUGGCGGAGCUGCAGCAGGGCGUGGCGGACUACCACCAGCACUUCAGCUGGCACGGGCGGCACGGCGGCCUAGCCUACAACAACACCAUGACCAGCCUGCACCGCCGCCUGCUCAACAUGUGGACGGCGUUGUUCCCGGGAACUACAUGAGAGCACGUGAGAGAGAGAUGUGAGAUUGGCCUUGAGAUGACCAAGGCCGCCGAGCAGCACUGGGGCCGCCCGCUGAAUGGCCCCUUCUGAGCGACAGGCUAUCCUAUCAAGAAGAAUAGCGGGUUUGCACAUGAGCGUGGUGGGCAUGCGGAGACAUUGGAAGAGUUAUAGUUCUUAAGGAGUCAAGCUGGGCAGGAGGGCGGGGUGCGCGCAGGGUGCAGGGCACCAGUUCCGGGUAGCUGUGUGUGUCCGAAGGGGAUAGCCUGGGUUAGCCUUCUCGACGCGACGUUGUGCUCGCUGGCUUUCUCGGCUUCGCAUUGUCAGUCUUGAAAGCAUUCGCGAUAGCGGCUUCACGGUGCCGUCGGAGGGCGUGAGGAGGCUGGUGAGCCGCCGUGAGGGGAAGGCAGAGCGGGGAUGCGGAGAAGGCACGGUUCCGAGAGAACCGUGGCGCCGCAGUAGCGCUUGACCUGGCUCUAAGGCGCUUCGAAUGAGUUAACGGUAGAUAAGAAAGCUCGGAUGGCGACUCAAGCCGCCGCGCGUAUCGGCAUGUGCACAGCGCCGGCCUACCUUGGUGCUUGGCAGCACUGUCAGGACAACAAGUGUAACACCGAUGCAUUUCAUUGAUGCGGCACGAAUCCAAAGUUGCGGUUGCACUCGCAGGCGCGCAGCCAGUCAGGGGCUUGCUAGCGUGUGCCAACACAGUGAGCAGAGCGCGGUCCGCCCAGCCGUGUGUGGCGACCAGCGACGCCAGCAAGCGUUCCUCAGUAGGCAUAUUCCACCAGGAGACAUUUUGGAGUCACCGGGGCCGCUCCGCUUCGCGAUUGGGAUGCGCAGGGUCACUUUCGCGCGGGAGCCCAAGCUGCUCAAGCUGUGCAUGCAGAUGUAAUGAUUCUUAUAGAUCUAUUGUUGGAGCUGUGUGGGCGCGGCAUGAUGGAGUUGCCGGAUGUCAACACCGCUAUUAUUUGAAAUGUGAAACACGGCCCUCAGCUCUGUUCAAUGAUACUAGCGCCCAGAGUUUGUUAUGGAUUGCGGAUGCAUCUGCAGGACACCUACUUGCUGACAGCUGACUCGCGUAUUUCUGUGGGAUGGGCGCGUACAAGGCAGCAGGCUCAGCACGCAGCAGGGUUGGCCGCUGACACAAGCGCCCGA